AUGUCCGAGCAGUAUAAUUGCGCCCCCGUCCUUCCAUUCGUUCCGUACAAGUGGCCCCUGGCUCUAGAUCUUCUCAAACGACAGUACGAGAUCUUUUUUGGCGAGCACACGUUUGAACAACUGACUCCGUACUUUGACAUCGCAGCCACCUGCCGCAUCAACCUUUUUGGCCUCACAGGCUACUUCACCACGGACCCUGAGAACGUUGAAGCGAUUCUUUCAACAAGUUUCAAAGACUACGGCCUGGGUAGCCGACGCCUCGCCUCGUUUCCGCUAUUGGGGGAGGGGAUCUUCUCACAAGAUGGGCUUGCAUGGAAACACUCUCGGGAACUGAUCCGUCACCAGUUUAUCCGUGUGCACAAGCAGACCCCACAGUCACUAAUGGAACACGUUGAGGAGCUUGUCGCCGACAUCAGAAAUUCUGCCGUCGAUGGUGUCGUGGACCUGAAGCCGCACAUGUAUGAGUUCACCCUCAACACUACGACGAUGCUCCUCUUCGGCGAGCCGCGCAGCAACAUGGAUGCAGAGAAGCGAUAUGCUGUCCGAGACAACUUUGACUAUGCGUCAUUCGUAGUCGGCAUCCGCGUCCGACUCGCGGACGGUGCCUGGCUCUACAACCCACCGAGGUUCAGAAAGGCCUGCACAGCGGUGCGUGACUGGGCAACUUUUUUCGCGUCCAAGGCCAUCCAAUACAAAGACGAAUUCGGCGAGGACGCGGCCGCCGAGAAAUACCCCUUCAUAAUUGACCUGUGGAGAGAGAUGCAGGACUUUGACCUGGUUCGUGACCAGCUCCUGCACAUUCUUGUUGCUGGGCGGGACUCUACAGCAAGCCUCUUGUCUUGGACUUUCUUUCAUCUAGUUCGUAACCCGGACGUCUUAGAGCGUUUACGCAAAGAGAUCUCUUCUGUCCCGACGGACAGCCCUCUCACGCGGGACCAGAUUCAGAGGCUGUCGUUUCUCCGGUGCUGUUUGAACGAAACCCUACGCUUGUAUCCAACAUUACCCAUGAAUAUUCGCUUUGUCGAAGAAACAACAGUAUUGCCUCGUGGCGGUGGACUAAACGGUCGCUCACCAGUUCUGCUGCCCAAAGGCUCAGGAAUCGCCUUUUCUCUCUACCACCUACAUCGUCUUGAAUCAAUAUACGGACCAGACGCGGGAGUCUACCGCCCACAGCGCUGGGAAAGUGGAGAGCUGAUCAAAAAGGCACGACUGGGAGCAGGGUUUGUUGACUUCAACGGAGGCCCAAGGCUCUGUCUUGGAAAAGACUUCGCUCUGAUGGAAGCCAGCUAUGCAAUUAUCCGAGUUCUCCAGGCGUAUCCUAACAUGCGACUUGCCUCUGGGGUCCAAACUGGCCCAGUUGGCUCAGAACGCCAAACAUACACUAUCAGCUUGUCUCCCACAGCAGGCGUGCGUGUGGCACUGUGA